UAUGGCACAACCAGUUACUCCUCCAAUUUUCGAGCAUCUCAAGUUCUCUAAUAUCAUGGGGAGCACUGGAGAGAGGAGUCCGUUGAGAGCCAACAAGGGCAAGGCCUGCAUUCUUGCGCUCGGCAAGGCUUUUCCUCAUCAAAUUGUGAUGCAAGAUUACCUCGUGGAUGGCUACUUCAAGAACACUAACUGCGAGGACCCUGAGCUCAAACAGAAGCUGGCUCGCCUCUGCAAGACUACUACAGUGAAAACGAGGUACGUGGUCAUGUCGGAAGAGAUCCUGAACAAAUACCCAGAAUUGGCUAAAGAAGGCCUCCCUACGGUACAACAACGCCUGGAAGUCUCCCACAAGGCGGUGACCGAUGGCGGCCGCGCCUCUCCAUCUGCAAUCGGCCGAUGCAUGGCGGGGCCUCUCCGCAUCACCCACCUCGUCUACGUCUCCUCCAGCGAGGUCCGCUUCCCAGGCGGAGAUCUCCAUCUUGCUCGUGCCCUCGGCCUCGCUCCUGAUGUCCGCCGUGUUAUGCUGUGUUUUUCGGGGUGCUCCGGUGGUGUGGCGGGCCUUCGUGUCGCCAAGGACAUCGCAGAGAACAACCCAGGCAGCAGAGUCCUCCUCGCCACCUCCGAAACAACCGUCUCCGGCUUCCCGCUCCCUCCUCCGACCCGCCCUUACGACCUCGUCGGCGCAGCCGCUCUUCGGCGACGCGUGCAGCCGCCGCCAUCUGCGCCGACCCACCGCACGGAGCUCCCUCUCAUUCGAGCUCACACUCCUCCCUCACAACCUCAUACCCGCAACACCGACAAAACCAUACGCGCAGCCUGA